AUGGGUGUAAAUCGUUCAAAGAGAAAACAAAAAGAUCCUCUUCCUAUUGAGGAAUUCCACUCUAAAAAGUUAAAGUCUGAAAAAAAGGAAUUGGAACAAAAUGGCAUUAAAGAGACCAAACAAACUAAAGAGACUAAAGCAAAAAUUACAAAAGACGAAAAGCCUAAGAAGUCUGAUAAAAAAGAUAAUAAAUCGAAAAAAUCUAAAAAGUCUAAAAAAUCCAAGAAAAUAGAGGAAUCAGAAGAUGUAUUCCCAGAUGACUUACCUGAAGUAGAUUUGGAUGAAUUGGCUAGUGCCAGAAAAACCCUUUUUGAUGACGAUGACGAUGAAGACAACUUAGAAGGAGAAGAACUUAAUGAUGAAUUUGAUUUGGAAGGAAAUGGAUCUGUAGGUUCUGAUUUCGAUUCCGAGCAAGAGCAAGAUCAAGAUCAACCAAUAUUUAGUGAUGAUGAUGAGUAUGAUUCAGAUGAUAUUGAGAAAUUAAAUGUUAAAAAUAUUGAACUUUUUUCAAAUAAAUUAGAUCAGGAAAAAGCAGAAGAGGAUGCUGACGCUGAAGAAGAAUUGUUAGAAGGCAAUACUGUUCAGUCUAGAGCCAAAAUUUUGCCAACAGAACAAGAAGAAGAAGCAUUGAGCAAAGGACCAAAAGAUGUCACAAUUUCAAGAACGAGAUUAAUAGAAAUUACAAAAGUGCUUGAAGACUUCAAAAACUUGGCUGAAGAAGGUAGAAGUAGAACCGAUUAUAUUAAUAGGUUUGUUAAAGACGUGUGUGAUUAUUUCAAUUAUACUCCAUUUUUGGCAGAAAAAUUGUUCAACUUAUUUUCUCCCACUGAAGCACUAGAAUUUUUUGAAGCCAAUGAAAUUGCUAGGCCUGUAACUAUAAGAACAAAUACUUUGAAAUCCAGAAGAAGAAAUUUAGCUCAAGCUUUGGUGAACAAAGGUGUUAAUCUUCAGCCUAUUGGAAACUGGACUAAAGUUGGUUUACAAAUUUUUGAUUCUCAGGUUCCUAUCGGUGCUACGCCUGAAUAUCUUGCUGGCCAUUAUAUUUUGCAAGCUGCCUCAUCUUUCUUGCCAGUGAUGGCAUUGGAUCCUCAAGAAAAUGAGCGUAUUCUUGAUAUGGCUGCUGCUCCUGGUGGUAAAACCACUUACAUUUCUUCGAUGAUGAAAAAUACCGGUGUGGUAUUUGCUAACGAUUCAAAUAAAGCCAGAACCAAAUCUUUGAUUGCUAAUAUACAUAGACUUGGGUGUCGCAAUACAAUUGUGUGCAACCAUGAUGCCAGAGAGUUUCCAAAGGUUAUUGGGGGAUUCGACAGAGUUUUACUUGAUGCUCCUUGUUCGGGAACUGGUGUUAUCUCUAAAGACAAUUCGGUUAAAACCUCAAGAACAGAGAAGGAUUUCAUCGAUGUUCCUUACUUACAAAAACAAUUGCUUUUAUCUGCUAUUGAUUCUGUGAAUGCCAAUUCAGAAACUGGCGGUUAUAUUGUUUACUCUACUUGUUCUGUUACAGUCGAUGAGAAUGAAGCAGUUGUAAACUACGCUUUGAGAAAAAGACCCAAUGUUAAGUUGGUGGAAACUGGUUUGAUUAUAGGUAAAGAAGGAUUUACUGGCUAUAGAGGGAAGCACUUUAACUCCUCUCUCAAAUUAACACGAAGAUAUUAUCCACAUACUUAUAAUGUUGAUGGUUUUUACGUUGCUAAAUUCAAGAAAACAGCUCCAAGUCCUCAUGACACUAGUAAAGCUGGUGCCAAAGAGAAAGAAGCAAUGAUACGAGCUGAUGAGGAAUUAGAAGAAAGUAUCAUCAAAGAUGAUUUUUCAAAAUUCGAAGAAGAAGAAGAUAGAAAGUAUAUUGAGAAAGCAGUGAAGAUUAGUUUAAGGAAAAAGGGUAUAAAUCCCAAAAAGGUUUUGAAUGGUAAAAGCUCCGAUAAAUAA